AUGGCUACAGAGCUCAAGGAGACCCAUUUAGGGACUCUGAGCCCCUUUGCUCGAUCGCCGUCCACCUCGACCAUCACGGAGAAAGAUGACAAGACACCAUCAGCCUCCGGCGCCGUCACUCCGACCACAGAGAGCGCCAUCGCCGCUUCAGAAGCCAUGGCUCAGGCACCCGUCGUCACACCACCGAAGCCCGGCAUUUUGGUUGUAACACUCCACGAGGGCCAAGGAUUUUCAUUGCCAGAGUCACAUCGAAACGCCUUCACCUCACAGCAUCAAGGAUCGCUAUCUACCAGCAAUGCGGCGUCUAGCGUUGCCAGCUCUGUUCGGCCCUCAUCUUCUCAACGAGUCGCCGGAUCGUUUAUAAACGGAUCUGCCCGACCACACUCGUCAGCAGGAGGGUUUGGAGGCAUUCCCACCAAACACGGCCGUAUUUCGGGCAAGUAUAUGCCAUAUGCCCUUCUCGAUUUCGACAAGGUCCAGGUGUUUGUGAAUUCGGUCGACGGCAACCCCGAGAAUCCACUCUGGGCAGGCGGAAAUACUCAAUACAAGUUUGACGUUUCGCGAGUGACAGAGCUCGUCAUUCACCUCUACUUGAGGAAUCCCAGUGCAGGCCCUGGGGCCGGUCGCAGUCAAGAUAUUUUCUUGGGUGUUGCCAGGAUCAACCCGAAAUUUGAAGAGAGGCAUCCCUACGUCGAGGACCCCAAGGCGAGCAAGAAAGAUCGAGAGAAGGCGGCCGCUGAACACGCACAACGCCACAAAGGUGACGGCCACAGCGGCGUCGAGUGGGUUGAUAUCCAAUUUGGCACUGGAAAGAUCAAGGUUGGUGUUGAAUACGUCGAAACCCGCGCGGGUAAACUCAAGAUUGAAGACUUUGAGCUGCUCAAGGUAGUCGGAAAGGGCAGUUUUGGCAAGGUCAUGCAGGUUCGCAAGAAAGAUACGAAUCGUAUCUAUGCCCUCAAGACUAUUCGAAAGGCACACAUCAUUUCCCGAUCUGAAGUUGCUCACACUCUAGCUGAGCGGUCUGUGCUGGCGCAGAUCAAUAAUCCUUUCAUUGUACCUCUUAAAUUCAGUUUUCAGUCGCCUGAGAAGCUGUACUUUGUCCUUGCUUUUGUCAACGGCGGAGAGCUAUUUUACCAUUUACAGAAGGAGCAUCGUUUUGAUGUAAACAGAGCUAGGUUCUACACGGCGGAAUUACUUUGCGCCUUGGAAUGUUUACAUGGAUUCAGUGUUAUUUACCGCGAUCUUAAGCCUGAGAAUAUCUUGCUUGAUUACCAGGGCCACAUUGCGCUCUGUGACUUUGGUCUUUGCAAGCUCGAUAUGAAGGAUGAAGACCGUACCAACACCUUCUGUGGCACUCCCGAAUACCUGGCCCCGGAAUUGCUCAUGGGCAAGGGAUACAACAAGACAGUUGACUGGUGGACACUCGGGGUUUUGCUGUACGAGAUGUUGACGGGUCUGCCGCCAUUUUAUGACGAGAACACCAACGAGAUGUACCGCAAGAUUCUAUCCGAACCGCUCCACUUCUCUGAUAUCGUACCCCCGGCUGCCAAAGAUCUUCUCGUCAAGCUCUUGAACCGAGACCCCGAAGAGCGUCUAGGUGCCAAUGGCUCUGCUGAGAUCAAAGCACACCCCUUCUUCCAUGCUAUUGACUGGCGCAAGCUGCUGCAGCGCAAGUACGAGCCUACAUUUAAGCCCAGUGUUGCUGACGCCUUGGACACUAUUAACUUUGAUCCGGAUUUCACUAGAGAGGCACCCCAGGAUUCAUAUGUGGAAGGACCAAUGUUGUCACAAACCAUGCAAAACCAGUUCCAAGGGUUUAGCUACAAUCGGCCGAUUGCUGGACUUGGAGAUGCCGGCGGCAGUGUGAGCGAUCCGUCGUUUGUGGGCAGUAUUCAAGAUCAACGAUAA